AUGUGUCGCGACAUGACACCAGCGGCCAAUGAAGCUCGCUCUUCCGGGCGGAAGGAUUUUGACCUCGCGCGACGCGACGGACUUUUGACACACCAAAGUCGCAGAUGGCGAGAGACUUCGAAACGCCGGCGUCGACGAAUUCUCCCUACAAUCAACAACACAACGACUCGCUGGUGGCUGUCGCUGGUAUGCAUGCUUCUAGCCUGCGUGUCACCGGCGAGGUCUGCAAUGCUCGAUUUCGACAAUUGCCUGAGCCAAACAACCCUGCAAUCCGAUCCUCCUCAAUUGCAAUACGUGCCCCUCAAUGUGUCGGUGCACUUUAACCUCACCAGUUCGCUCAAUCCAUUGAAGGUCACCGUUUAUGGAAACGUUACGGGCACAGCAGACGGUUCCCCUGCUCCGCCGGCGACAGACCAAUCGUGGAUCGAUCUUAAUUCGACCGUUGGAAAGAUCGUUGACAUCAGUCAACCCAACAACAAAUAUACUACGCUCAUAACGUCGUUCGAUAUGCUGAGUUUCACUCCGUUCAGCAACGCGUCGCGGUUCUGCCAGGCAGUUGACCAGGGCCAGUGCCCGCUGGGCCCGGUGUUCAAGUAUAAUAUGAGCGAUUUAGGCACAUUACGAUCCUUUUUCAUUCAGCAUGACAUGCUGUCCACGUACCGAUUCUCGACAAUCAACCCGACUUUCUCCAUCCGGUCAGGGGAUGCCUCAGCGGCGGAACUUGGCUGCAUCUCCCUAUCGAUCACACCCGACUUUGGCACUUCGCUGAAAAACGCAUUGACGUAUGUGCCAUUGGUGGUGUUACUGUUUGUGGCGAUUGCUACUGUCGCAGCGGCCGUAUACAGUCCAUGGGGUAGCACGGACAUCUUUAGAUGGACGAGCAACUACGGCCGUGACGAGGAUGUGCUUCGACUGGUGACGCCGGGCUUCGCAGAUUGUCUGCAGUACAUGCAGUACAUUGUCUUGACUGGAUCCCUUUCCCUGGAUUAUCCGGGCUUUUUCCAGCCCGCUGUCAGUUACGGGUCUUGGUCCGUACUCAUGUUCAAUCAGAGCUUCAUUGAUCCCGCUGGCGCUAACACCCCUGUGCUUGACGGGGUUUAUGCGAUCAAUGGAACCUAUGGACUCGACCGUAUGAACCAAUUGGUCGGAAUGGCCUCUACCCGUGAAAUCUGGCCUUCGAUGAUGGUCUGGAUCCUGAGUAUUUUGGCCUGCACCAUCGUCGCUUGUCAACUUGGCUUUGCGAUACGGUGGCUGCAUCGCGAACUUGCGCGAAGCACAGAGCAGGAUCUGCGUUCCAAAAAUGGGCCUUUCACCAUGGGCAACGUCAUUCGCAUAACCUUCAACUAUUUCCUCCUCCCGAUCGUAUCGCUCUCCUUCUUCCAGCUGGUCACUGCAAAGGGGUCCCCGGCUUACAGCGUGGUUCUUUCAGCCGUUGUGAUACUCAUGAUUAUGUGCUUCGCGAUUUGGCUGAUUCGAAUUAUCAUCUCUACUCGACCCAAGUCUCAUCUCUUUGACGACCUGCCAACGGUUCUUUUGUACGGACCUCUCUACAACACUUAUUGUGAUGACGCCGCCGCUUUUGCCAUGAUCCCAAUUAUCCUCAACUUUGCACGCGGCGUUGGCAUUGGAGCAUUGCAGCCGUCCGGCAUUGCCCAAGUUGUCCUACUCGCCAUCUGUGAGGUCGUAGCCGUGUUGACGCUGGUUGCAUUCCGACCUUUCCCUUCUCCCACCCAUAUGAACCUUUACCAUGCUAUCUUCUCGUGCAUUCGAUUCCUGACGAUCAUCAUGAGCGUGGUAUUUGUCCCUUCUCUCACAGUCUCCACUGCUACGAGAGGCUGGGUCGGCUAUGUCAUUCUUGUCCUGCAUGCCCUAGUUCUUAUCUUUGGUUUCUUGUUGAACGCUUUGCAGACCUUGAUUGAAGUGCUGGCUCGACUUGCUGGUGCUGGUGGUGCAACCCGUGGCGGUCUGGUCAAGGUCUUGGGUAUGCGGCAGCUGUCCAGGCGGGUGCCCCGGUCAGACCUUGCGCGUCAAAGCAUGGCAUCGGACGCGGCGAUGCUAGCGCAUACUGAUGACCGACUAUCCUCACAAUUUGGUGGUUCCCGGCCUCGCAGCAUGUCCGGAAGCUCCGCACUUCUCCUCAAUCGCCCACCGGCUAGUGAGGGUCGCGCCAGUGCAGUCCUCGACUACGCGAGCUCCUACGGUGGAGGGCACAGCCGAGCUGCGAGUGGCAACAUCUACGCACAGUCACCGACGGCUUACACUGGAGCCGGUGAAUACUUCAGUAGCUCCCCAAGCAGUAGCACGUUUAUCGCGCCGAGCCCACGUGAUCCUUACUAUCGUCCACCUCGUCCAGGGCGACGAACACCGCAAGGCUCCUUUGAUCGGGGUAAAAAGACUUCAAAAUCCUUCUUGAAAGGAAGUCGUGUACGUGAUGAGGAGACUCUCGGCGAUGGAACCCCGAUGUCAGGGCGCGGAACCCCGGUCCCUGCGUACUUGCCCGCACCCAAGGACGAUAUGGAGAUGGAGGAGACUGAACAGCGAAAAGACUAUGCUGUCCGUGAGGUAGACUUCUAUUAUAGAGUGCGCGGUCCCCCGCUAUCCCAUACUGGGACUCGAAAAUUGAAGACUGGUCCUGCAGACCCCACCGGCCCUGUCUCGUCAGCAACCGGCUGGUUCCGCAACUUGUUCCAAGGCAAGACAAAGGACAAGGGCAAAGGUUUUGAGGUUGUUCGAAGUGCUCGAGCGCCACCUCCGGGUCUUUUCCCCGCCGGUAAUUUCAAUGAGCCAUAUCAAGACGAGCCUCAAACAGAAGAGGCAGAGGCUGGCGGACACUCCCGUUCUGCAUCUGCAAGUGAGGUCCCUUACCAUGACACGGAUGCUGAGCAAGGGGUCGAAUCUGGCGAACAAAUACUACAAGAAGCUGAGAGUGGGGCUGGAGCACCAAUACUACCAGAAGUUGACACAGUCAGCAAUAUUGAGUUGCCUAGUCGGGUUGGCUCUCGUCGUACGCAGCCAGAUUCAGAGACUGGCGCAGAGAAGGUAAUACUGAACCUGCCUACAGUUACAGAGGCCUCGUCACCAGGGUCAAAGGCUUCAAACUCACGCUCAGUCCAGCACCUGCAGCCUGAGCUAUCCUCCACUGCAACUCGUCUCCCUUUCAGCUCGAGCAGUUCGCCAUCUCGAGAGCGAGGCCUCUCUGUGGCGUCGGCAUCCGGCUCGGUGACGUCGAGUCAUCGGACCGGUCGCGACGGCGAGAGAGCCGAACGACCGUCUAGUAUGGGCUAUGUCGCACAACACCGAACACGCGAUAAUAUCCACGAAGCCAGUCCGGACAAAAUGUCCUUUACUGGCAGCGCCGCAGAACUGGUGGACGAACGCGCGCUCGAACAGCACCACUAA